CAGCCGGACCUGUAAGACGUGCCCGGUUGAAGCGUAAUUCAACCAGUUCGGUUAUUUUUGUAAUAGACAAUUGAAAAAGAAGACAAAUAUUUUAAUUAGUGAAUGUUGAUAAGAAGGCGAAAAUCUAACAUAGCAAUAAAACCGUGAGUUUUGGAUUUACCGCAGUUUGUCUGGUGGUUUUAUGAUUCCUACGACAAAUGAUGCUGUAGGAUUUGAAAAGCGGUUGUUUGUACGAUAUUGGAAGAUGUGUAAAAGCUUGAUAGCGAUUGUAUUUUAAGUGUUUAUGAGUGAAUAUCGAGAAUCACACAGUAAAUAUUUUGCUGGAAUCUGGUGUUUGGUGGGUUUGGUAUUUUGUCAGAUUAUGUCUCGUGUGGUGCUCAUAAGGAAGAUUGAAGAAAUAGGUCAGUAAAGAUAAUAUUCCCUGCGAAUUGUGAUGCCUAUUUAUGUCGAUGAUGGAAUGUAAAAAGACUAAUCAAGUGUGAAUGAGUGUCUCGUGCUGUGUGGAGACAGUUUCAAAUUUGCAAUUAUAUUAAUUGGAAUGAGUUUUCGCCGCACCUUGCCGGAUAUAUAGUGUCAAUUUCAAUUAGGAUUGGCGCCUCGCAUUUGUGAUAGACUACUUAAAGGAUAAUUAGAAAAAAACCGCUCGACUGCGUACGUGUGUCCAGGGAGUUGGAGGUGAUUUGGAGUUUAUACCACACGAACUAUUUUCGAAUUAGACAGGAAUAUGGAAAGACGUUUUAGUACAUGGAUUUACUAUUGAAAGUCGUAGCACUUGCCUUUAUCAUUCUUUUUGGAACGAAAAGGGAACUACUAGCUGAAGAUCUGCACGAGUUACAAAUCCACACGGUGCGAUAUGACAGUAAUUCCGACCUGCUGCAGCUUAACAUUUCAUGGGAGACAGCAUUGGAGAAAAGUACCCUCUACCAGGUUUCGGUGCAUCAUGUGGCCACUGCAAAUUGCUCCAUCGAACACACACCAUUCGCAAACAAACGGGACAUCAAGUGUGCACCGAUCGUUACGGAAACGGAGCAAACAACGGUACUUAUACCACGAGAUCCACACGUUUUGCAUAAGCACGAGUGCGUUAUCUUGGCACUAUGCACGUACGAGGUAGUUGUUAAGCCAUUAGACUAUGUCAAAUCUCUUACCGAGAUUUACCAGGUUCCCGAGUGCGUGGAACAGGUUUGUUCCUGCUACUACGAACGGAGCCUGCCUAAUAUAAGUACCGAAGCGUAUGUUUCGGAUAAUCAGUUAGCUGUCAACUGGAUUGUAGGAGAUUUCGUCGAUUCCGAGUUGCCGGAUGACGUCGAACUAGACCACGUGUUAAUUACCGUUCGCCGUGGUCAAAAUGAGGAUUUGGUCUGGGGAGGAAUGGAUAGCAGCAAAAAAUCUGUAAUGCUACCUGCCACUCCUGUUGGCAGCUACUUUUUCAACGUAACGGAUUUUCCAGGACAAAAAACCAUUUUCCUUGUGCACGCGCGGCUCUACGAUAGUAGGCGCUGCUAUGCGGAUGCCGUCCCAAAUCGAGUUUUUCUACCAAACGAUGCCACAAAGAAACUGAAUCGAAGCAACACAGAUCAAAUAGAUUGCAUCGAGGAGGACUGUGCCUGUCAGUACCUUAACAAUUUUGCCAACUUUAGUGUGUUAACGCAAUUGGUAGAUCAAACGAUGGUAGUCACGUGGAAUAUCAACCAGUGGAACCCGUUGGCUGGCCCCAGUGUGAAUUUGGACAUUCGAAACGUUAAACUAGUGCUUUAUGGACCAAAAAUGAUCAAUUUGAUGGAAAGGGAAGUCAAAUGGAAUGACUCACGUGUCUCAAUCGAUCUCGCUAAGUAUAAAACUUUCGGAACAGCGCUGACAUUGCGAACAACCGCCAUUGACGUCAAUGGUUGCGAGAAGGAUGCUCCGCCAUUAAACGUCAUUGUUCCAGAGCCUGUAGUUACACUGUACUUAUUUCUGAUCCUGUUCGUGGUAUGUUCCGGAGCAGCAGUCGCUUGUAUUGGAUAUAAAGUAUACUUUAAAAAACGACGAUUUACGCAAAAUUGGCGUGAAGUAUACGUCACUACCAGUUUCGAUCGCCAUCAUCAACCGAUGCAAAUGGAGGAGAACCGACUAUACACAGAUUUAGAAAUCUUGGAAGCUCGUGCCAGAGGUGAUGCUGACAUGCUAGAAGUACCCCAUUCUUGCCUCCGUAUUGGCAGAGAAAUUGGCAAGGGGGCUUUUGGACGGGUUUUCAUGGCCAGUGCAAGCAAACUGCCGGGCUGCAAUGGAAUAUUGAUAGUAGCGAUAAAGCAACUUAAAAAGUGUCCCACGGCGGAUGAGUUCGAUGAGUUUUUAGACGAGAUUGCAAUGCUGAAAAGGGUAGGACGGCAUCCCAAUAUUGUUACUUUGCUCGGCUGCUGCACCAUAAAGGAACCGUUGACUAUGAUCAUGGAGUACAUCGGUUGCGGGGAUUUGUUGGAAUAUUUAAGAAAGAUUCGUUCGAAGCACUUAGCUAGAGUAGCUUGUCAAGAGGCUGCUAAUGCAUCAUCAGUAGAAACUAUCAGUUUGCAGCAAUCUAUGUCAAAUCAGUCUAACAAUACGGUGUUUGGACCGAUUAUCAAAUACAUGGACAUCUUUCAUACUUCGAGCUCUAAUUCGGACACAUCAUACAUAACACAACCCGACACUGUUUUAAGGCCAUCAGUAACAGAAACAAUGUACACCACAUUGGGUAGCAGCACUGAGGGAGAUGCCGAAAAUGUGAAAGAGAAUCCUAGUUCGAUUGAAUACGUUUUAGACCACAACGAAUUGCAUGAUUUUGCAAGACAAAUUGCGUGUGGGAUGCAGCAUCUGGAAGAGAAGCAGAUCACCCAUCGAGAUCUAGCCGCCAGAAAUAUUUUGAUUGAUGAAAGGAAAACCCUGAAGAUAUCAGAUUUCGGACUGUCGAGAACAGGAAUAUACGUCAAUACAAGAAACAAAAAGGUUCCGUUGCGUUGGCUUUCCAUAGAAGCAAUGCGUGAUAAUUUGUAUUCUAAUAAAAGCGACGUUUGGGCGUUUGGCAUCGUGUUGUGGGAAAUUGGAACGCUCGGUGGAUAUCCGUACCCAACGGUCAGUAACCACGAGCUGUUGGCGUACCUGCAUAACGGCAAUCGGCUUGAGCGGCCCGAAAUCUGUAGUACCGAAUUGUAUAAGCUGAUGCUUAAUUGCUGGAAAGCCGAACCAGAGAACCGUCCAUCAUUCCAACAAAUUAGCAAAUCACUGCAGCCCCAUCAUAGAAUUUAUAUCGAUUUCAACGAAAUUGAGCCAACAUACGUGUUCCCACCUACAUCUGAACAAAUCCGGCAAGCCCUAAUCAACAAUAAGUAAUUCGGUGGUAAACUUAACGAAGACAAUGAGCUUUGGUGACCUCCAUAACUCAAAUGUGUAUUUGUAAGCCGGUAGAUAAACUUCCCUUUUUGACGGCCGGCGACGGCGAAUUUGUACCUUGAGAUCAGAAGUAUUUAUAGUCGGUAAGUGUUUAAGCGUCGAUUCUAAAAGUGGAACGAUGUCUGUGACUGAAAGUGCUUUAGGUGUAUUGUUCAGAUAACGUUGUUCCAGAUAAAUAUACAAAGUAUCGCAGAGAAAUAC